GAGAGAGAGAGAGAGAGAGAGAGAGAGGCCAAAUGAAAGAGUGUUAUCAGUGGCAGAAGGAGGGGGGAGCGCACACACAGGGGAGGGUUUUUUAAAAUAUUUCUCUUUUUAUGGUUAUCGGAUUAUAAACACUUGAGGACUUUAUAAACAUGCACCUACUGGGAAUAUCUCUUCUACUGGCAUAUCUGCUCUACACCAACCUGGCCAGCGACUUCAGCCACAGCGAUUAUGAAUACUACGAGCAGGAGCAGAUGGACGAGCCGGACUCUCCACCAAAGCCAGACAUGGAGGAGAAGUUGCGUUCAGCCUCCAGCGUGGAUGAACUGAUGAGUCUCAUCUAUCCUUCAUACUGGGCAGCUCUGAAGUGCAGAUCCAAACUGUCCGCCGCCGCCUCAGCCUCCAAACUCUCUCACCGGCCACAGCCUCGCCGACUGAGGCCGCUGGCAGAUACAGAAGAGCCGACAUUUGCUGCUGCCUACCUCAACCUGGAAGUCCUGAAAAGUAUAGAGUCGGAGUGGAGGAAGACUCAGUGCAUGCCCAGAGAAGUGUGUGUCGACGUGGGCAGGGAGUUCGGGGCUCCCACCAACAUCUUCUAUAAACCACCCUGUGUGUCCGUCUACAGAUGUGGAGGAUGCUGCCACUCUGAAGACAAACAGUGCAGGAAUAUCUCCACUGGUUACCUCAGCAAAACUCUAUUUGAGAUUACAGUGCCGAUCACCCAAGGCACCAAGCCAGUGACCAUCAGUGUGGCUAAUCACACCCAGUGCAGCUGUCUGUCCAAACCUGAUGUCUACAAACAAGUUCACAGUAUCAUCAGGAGAGCCCUGCCUGAGUGUCCGGUAGCCAAUAGGACGUGUCCUCCUGGUCAAGCUUGGAGCAGCAGAUUGUGUAGAUGUGUCGGCAUGGCUGCCAAUUUGCACCACAACAGCCCCCCUCCACCACCACUGCCCCCUCCAAGACCCUCCCAACAACACCUUGACAUAUUCUCAGCAGACGUUUGUGGCCCAGAUAAGGAACUGGACAUGGAAACCUGUCAGUGCGUAUGUAAGCGUGGGGAUCAAACUCACGACUGUGGCCCCAAUCGACACCUGGACCGCAACACCUGCCAGUGUGUGUGCAAUGCCCUGCCGACUCCCUCCUGUCCACAGACCCAUGUCUUCAACAAGGAGACCUGUCAGUGCACAUGUAGCAAGACCUGUCCACGGCACCAGCCCCUCAAUAAAACAAAGUGUUCCUGUGAAUGUAACGAGUCGCCCAACAAGUGUUUCCUAAAAGGACGGAGGUUCCACCAAGCUACAUGCAGUUGUCUCAGGCCUCCCUGCGAGGUCAGGAGGCGAAGGUGUGAACCGGGUUUCUCCUUCAGCGAGGAAGUGUGCCGCUGUGUACCGUCCCAUUGGAGACGGCUGGACUAACCACCAGCUAAAUAAGGAGCUAACAAGAUGCUAAUGAGCAAAUAACAAACUUAACACAUAGAAUUCAUCAGCCAUCCCCUGUAGACCUGUUGGUCAUGAGUAUCCCCAUCAGCUGUGAUGGCAGCUAACUGUGCGGACCCUGAUGAAUGUGGGAAAACCUUAGUGAUUGGAGUGCAGAUAUGGGAAACUCUGGUGAUUUGAAGGUGGGAAAUGCACUGACCCGGCUAUGAGGACGUUUUAAUAUGAGAGCCACUGAUCGGAGCCCGAGGAUGGAGAGAAGGACUGAAAGAAAGAGUCAACACUCGACACUUGUUUUAAAAUAUUGUCUAAAUAAUUUGUUUUAAAAUAUUUGGGGGGUUUUGUAUUAAUUAUGUCUUAGUAUUCGUAUGUCAGAUAUUGAUUAUAUAAUUUAUUAAAUGUUAUUUUUCAACCUCUGUUUAUGCAAUUUCGACCUUUUUCCAUGAAAAUACACUGUGAUCAAUAUUUUUAUAUCAUGUAAAGUAUAUGUUGUAA